CACGAGGUUAUCGUGUGUUUCCGCCAUCCUUGUGGCUCUUUGCAGAAGGGCACGAAGAGGCCGAAACAAGGGUGCCCCGCAUAGCAAGAAGCUCUUCAUCCUCCAAACAUGCUGUCAAGACUCGUGGUUGUGUCAGCUCAUGGCCUGAAAAGCAGCAGUCCCCUUGGAGCUGGUCUGGUCCAGGCUUCUCGCUCCCUGCACACAUCGUCCCAGAGUCGGGCCCCAUUGCCCCCUCUGCCAGAGAAGGGAGGCCAAGUCCGCCAUGGCAUUUUCCCUGAGGAGAUUUUCCAGCUCCUCUAUCCCAAAACUGGAGUUACAGGACCGUACAUGCUGGGCACUGGCCUCCUCAUGUACAUGCUGUCCAAGGAAAUCUACGUCAUCAACCAUGAGACCUUUGCUGCUGCUUCCAUCGGCGCUGUCAUCAUUUACGGUGUCAAGAAAUUUGGCCCAAGUGUUGCAGCUUUUGCUGACAAACUGAACGACGACAAAGUGGCUAAGGCUCAAGAGGUGAAGGAUGUGUCCCUUACCAGCUUGGCUCAGGCUAUUGAGGAUGAGAAGAAGGAACAGUGGAGAGUGGAGGGAAGAGCAAUGCUCUUUGAUGCUAAAAGGAACAAUGUGGCCAUGCAGUUGGAGACCAACUACAGAGAGAGGCUACACAUGGUGACCAACGAGGUGAAGAGGCGCCUGGACUACCAGGUCGCGCUGCAGAAUCUCCACAUCCAGAUGGAGAAGGAGCACAUGGUCAAAUGGGUGGAGAAGAGCGUCAUCGGCAGCAUCACUCCUCAGCAGGAGAAAGAGAGCAUCGCCAAGUGCAUCACAGACCUGAAGGCUCUGGCCAGGGCCACUCAGACCAGCGCUACGGCCUAACCGCCAAGUCUUCAAAGAAGACUUCUCUAUGUCCCAAGACGAGGCGCUCACUUCUCUACAGAAUAAUCUAUUUGUCUCUGUCAAUAUGUUAAGGGUGUGUACAGUACUGACACGUCAGCUGAUGGUAAAAUAAAUGGUUCUCUUAUUCAA